GGAGGAGACACCCGCGAAGCGGCGGGCGCACGCGCACUUUGUGGGCGGAGCGAAGCGGCCGCGGGCCCGGCUGCCCUGUCAACACCAGCCAAGAUGGCGGCGCGGAGACCCCGCACCGCCUCAGAACACGACAGUGAUGAUGAUUCCUAUGAAGUGUUGGAUUUAACAGAGUAUGCGCGGCGUCACCAUUGGUGGAAUCGUGUGUUUGGCAGGAAUUCAGGACCAAUUGUAGAAAAAUAUUCCGUAGCUACCCAGAUUGUGAUGGGCGGCGUGACUGGCUGGUGUGCGGGAUUUUUGUUCCAGAAAGUCGGAAAGCUUGCAGCAACUGCAGUAGGUGGUGGCUUUCUUCUGCUUCAAAUUGCUAGUCAUAGUGGAUAUGUACAAGUUGACUGGAAGAGAGUUGAAAAAGAUGUAAACAAAGCAAAAAAACAGUUAAAAAAGCGUGCAAAUAAGGCAGCGCCUGAAAUCAAUACUCUAAUUGAAGAGUCAACAGAAUUUAUCAAACAGAACAUCGUGGUGUCCAGUGGAUUUGUUGGAGGCUUUUUGUUAGGCCUGGCAUCGUAAGGACCUGAAUCGUCUCUUCCCGGUGGCAUUCGUGCCGGCAAAGAACAGUUGUGGUGACGCGCUGUCUUAAAGCAGUGUGGGUCACUGGGCCUUCCAGAGCAGGACGAGUGGACUAGCUAGACAGCUUGGAAGCGCUUACAUUUCAGGCUUUUGCCUCUCGAAGCUUGGCAAAACUAGGAUUUGCUGAAAAACUGUGCAGUGUGUGCUGCUCAUAGCAUUUCUGGGCAAAACUGGUUCAUCUUCAUCAUGACUCUUUUUAUCUAUGACCUUUCAAGAUCUAGCAUUUUUUAAGAUGUUAUUCUUGGAAUGUAGAUAUGUAACCAUACUUUAAGAAUGAAAGCUCCAUUUCUAUGUUUUCAGUUAAAUGUUGUUUAUUUUAAAAGUAUAUUUCUUCAUGCUGUAGUAAAUAGUAUCAAUGACUACAUAAUGUAUAUGAUACUGUAGUUUCAGCCUCGUGGCUGUCCAUGUUCUUUGAAGUCACUGCAAUAAUCUAUCAAUCUGUAAUACCUUUUUACAGAGUAUUAAAUAACAAAGAAUCAUGAGCUUAUUAAAGGUGAAAAUUAACUUUGA